AUGACUAUAUCACAACCUCAAUCAAGAUCUUAUACUUCUCCAACAAAGCAAAAUAAAGCAACUGCUUCUGUUACAUUAGAUAAUACAAUGGGUCAUCAUCCUCAUACCAAUGAAAUUAAAAAACCAAUUGGUCUUGAUGCUAAAUUACAAUUCAAUACUCCAAAAAAGACAAGAUUAACAGUUGAAGGUCCUAUUGAAUGUUCUCUUAAUGGUUUCCAAUUAUUAAAUUCUCCUUUAUUCAACAAAGGUUCUGCAUUUACUUUAGAAGAAAGAGCUGCUUUUGGUCUUGAAGGUCUUUUACCAGCCCAAGUUAAUACAUUAGAUGAACAAGUUGAAAGAGCUUAUAAACAAUUAUCAUAUUUGAAAACUCCAUUAGCCAAGAAUGAUUUUUGUACUUCAAUGAGAAUUCAAAAUAAAGUUUUAUUUUAUGAAUUAGUUAGAAGACAUAUUAGAGAAUUAGUUCCAAUCAUUUAUACUCCAACUGAAGGUGAUGCUAUUGCUGCUUAUUCUCAUCGUUUUAGAAAACCUGAAGGUUGUUUCUUAGAUAUCACUGAUCCAGAUUCAAUUGAUCGUCGUCUUGCUAACUUCGGUGAAGAUAAAGAUGUUGAUUAUAUCGUUGUUAGUGAUGGUGAAGGUAUCUUGGGUAUUGGUGAUCAAGGUGUUGGUGGUGUUAGAAUUGCAAUUUCUAAAUUAGCUUUACAAACUCUUUGUGGUGGUGUUCACCCUGGUAGAGUUAUUCCAGUUUGUUUAGAUGUUGGUACAAAUAAUAAAAAAUUAGCAACUGAUGAUUUAUAUAUGGGUAAUAGAUUCCCAAGAAUUAGAGGUGAAGAAUAUGAUCAAUUUUUAGAUAAAUUUAUUCAAGCUGUUAAAAAAAGAUUCCCAAGUGCAACUUUACAUUUUGAAGAUUUUGGUGUCACUACAGGUCGUCCAUUAUUACAAAGAUAUAGAAAUCAAUUGGCUUGUUUUAAUGAUGAUAUUCAAGGUACUGGUGCUGUUGUUAUGGCUUCAUUAAGUGCCGCAUUGAAAAACACUGAUAGAGAUUUAUUAGAUUCUCAAAUUUUAAUUUAUGGUGCAGGUUCAGCUGGGUUAGGUAUUGCUGAUCAAAUUACAAAUCAUAUGGUUACAAAAGGUUUAACUGUGGAACAAGCUAAGGCAAGAAUUCAUUUAAUGGAUGUUCGUGGGUUAAUUUUGGAUAAUAUGGCUGAAUCUUCAACUCCUGAUCAACAUUCAUAUUCAGAUCCUGCUAAAGAUUGGGAAGGUUAUGAUACAAAAUCUUUAUUAAAAGUUGUUUCUGAAAUUAAACCAACUUGUUUAAUUGGUUGUUCUACUCAAGCUGGUGCUUUUACAAAACAAGUUAUCCAAGAAAUGUAUAAACAUAAUCCAAGACCAAUUGUUUUCCCAUUAUCAAAUCCAACAAGAUUACAUGAAGCUUUCCCAGUUGAUAUUAUGGAAUGGACUGAUAAUAAUGCUAUGAUUGCUACUGGUUCUCCAUUUAAACCAGUUGAUGGUUAUGUUAUUUCAGAAAAUAACAAUUGUUUUGCAUUCCCAGGUAUUGGUCUUGGUUCAGUUUUAUCUCGUGCUAAAAUUAUUAGUGAUACAAUGAUUUCCGCAGCUGUUGAUCAAUUAGCUGAUUUAUCACCAUUACCAAAAGAUCCAAAAGCUGGUUUAUUACCACCAUUAGAAGUUAUUAAUGAUACAAGUGCAAAAGUUGCUGCAGCUGUUAUUUUACAAGCUUUAAAAGAAGGUAAUGCAAAAAUUGAAGAUGAAAUUCAACCAGGUAAAGAUGAAUAUGUUAAAGUUCCAAGAGAUUUUGAUUCUUGUGUUGAAUGGGUUAGAUCUCAAAUGUGGAAACCUGAAUAUAGACCAAUGAUUAAAGUUGAACAUAGAGAAGAUAUUCAUACUCAUCAAUAUUAA